GCUGCUGCUGGGGUCUUGGAAUUGAUGAGGACUUUGAGCCUCCGUUCUGAAGAGCCAUACAGUAAUGACACUGCAUCAUCCCACAUACAAACACAUGCAUCACAUAAACUUCAUGUAGCAUUGUAUGAAUUCAGGAACCAAAGAAGCUUAAACCAUAAUUUCAUAUUUUUAUAUUAUAUUUUUUAGAACAUAGGAGGCUAUUCGGACCCUCGUCCAUUAUUGAUCUCAAAGCAAUUCCUUCAACCCCAUUCCCCCACUUAUUUUCCUAUAAUCACCGUCUCAUAUUAUUAUUAACAUCCUGAUUCCCAUACCACUCACCUGCAUUAGGGGUAAUUUAUCUAUCAAACAUCAUAUCAUGCCUUUGGAAUAUGGGAUAAUAUUAUUUCCUAAUAUUAAUAUUAGGGGCAGCAUGGUAGCACAGCAGUAGAGUUGCUGCCUUACAGUACUUGCAGUGCCGGAGACCUGGGUUCAAACCAGACUAUGGAUGCUGUCUGUAUGGAGUUUGUACGUUCUACCCAUGACCUGCAUGGGUUUUCUCCGAGAUCCUCGGUUUCCUCCCACACUCCAAAGACAUACAGGUUUGUAGGUUGACAAAAAUGCUGACGAAACUCAGCGGGUUAGGCAGUAUCUAUGGAGCGAAGGAAAUAGGCAACGUUUCGGGUCGAGACCCUUCUUCGUACUCCAGCAUUUUUGUCUACCUUCGAUUUUCCAGCAUCUGCAGUUCCCUCUUAAACAGGUUUGUAGGUUAAUUGGCUUGGAAUUUGUGUAAAUUGUCCCUAGUGUUUGUAGGAUAGUGUUAAUAUGCGGGAAUCGCUGGUCAGUGAAGGGUGGGCUGAAGGGCCUGAUUCCGUGCUGUAUCUCUAAAGUAAACUAAUUAGAGCACCUGGGGGAAACUCAAGUGAUCAGAGGGAGAGCAUGCAAACUCAAUGCACACAGCCCAGAGUUCAGGAUUUAAUGGGAGCUGAUGAAGCUGUGAAGCAGUGGCACAACCUACUACCACACUAUGCUCAUCCCCACCCAGUCAUGUCCAUGACCUUUAGAGGUUUGACCCAACCCUUGAUGUUCCAAACUGCUCAGUCCCAACGGGUGUGACUGCUCAUUCCAUUCCAAAGGACCCUCCCAACACCUCCCCAUCCUCCCACACAACACCCAAACUUCCUGUCUGCUAUCUAAGGGCUAACAGUUCUCCACUGCUUGCUCUUCAAUGGAAAAGUCUUGGACCUUGCCUGUGAUAGAAUAGUUGGCAGGCAGCCAAGCACAACUAUGGGUGUGGGCUUCCUGUGCUGUGUAAUUCAACAUACCUUUUGUGGCGGUAAAGAAUUUCUAAGACAGGAACCUCUUGGCAAUGCAAUUCCUCAUUAAAUAAUCACUGAGUUAUCAAGCAGACGAGAAAAUUGCAAAAUAAAUUUAGCAGGGACAAACUGCUGACGUGAGUCCUUGCAGGCGUACAUUCAAACAUGUUUUUUUUUCUCUUGAAAUGACACUCCUUGCCAGAAAGAUGACAUUAACACUCCAUCUUGCAAUGUUCUAUGUACCCACUUUGCAAGGAGCAGUUCUGAAGACAGUUUACAACAGAGACAGGAACUGGUUCUCUGAUUAUAGGAUGUUAAUCUGAAGCUCCAUCUGGCCUCUCAGGUGGACACAAAGGAUGCCAGAGUUAUAUUCAAAUAAAAGCAGGAGCAGCAUUGUGUGUGUCUGGCUCUCAGCUAAUUGUUAAACAUAUUAUACUGUAUGGUAAUCUAUCUCAAUGCUUUUGUGGAUGUUGUGUUUCCUGCUUUAUAACAGUUGCUGCAUUGCUUUCACUAUGAGCAUAUAAUGAAGCUCAAUAACCACUGAAAUCGUGUCUGCCUUUAAGUCUCUGGUCCAAGCAUAUAACCUGAGCUCUUGGUUCACUCCUCUGCCUUAUUGUUGGAGGUGCCACUGCUUCUGAACAAAACACAUCAAACUGGGGCGAGACACAAAAUGCUGGAGUAACUCAGCGGGACAGGUAGCAUCUCUGCAGAGAAGGAAUGAGUGACCAUUCUUCAGAUUAACCAGCUUGUCACCAUGUCAUGGUGGAGAAGCUUGUGCGGUCCUGAGAUCCUGAGAGCGAUGCCGUCUGGAGCUAUGCUCCUGGUAGGGCCACAUGGUGGUAAGGUUGAGGGAGAGGUCCCUGACAAAGAGCAAUCCAACCAAGAUCUCAACGGUGGAACAGGCGGGGGAUGAUGGCUGACUUUAGUGGAGCGUCACAACGGCUGGGAAGGCGGAUGAAGGCUGCAGCAGAAAAGGGUCCCCCCGGAUGUCUUGGACUCCAUGCCACUAGAUCCUGACCCAGAUUUGUCAAGAACCAUGUGGUGGCUGUCUAUGCAUCAGUCUCCCCACGUUAAACCAAGUCACGCACAGGCGUCCUCCCAAAAGUGGGCAGUCAUAAUCGUUUCGAGUGACCACCGAUGAUGCCAUGUUACUUCGGAGUGGAUAAUAGUGUCAAAUCAAUUAUGAUUUUUAUUGAGAUUAGCUUUAACCUGAAGCCGAUUUUAUAGGUGAGGGCCAGGACAAGAGCACUUACUAACUUAACUUUCAGGCUUGGGGAUUUCCAAUGGCAGAAGCCCAAGGGGCCUCAGUUAUUUGCUGUUUGUAUACUUCCGACCCAGAAUGUCCCGAAUAAGCCACAGAGCACUUGCAGACUGGCCAAGGUCAGGAAGCCUUUAGCUGCCCAUCUGACAUAGAAGGGGUUAGUGACAGACAAGACUAGUGUUCCCAGUCCUGCUUCUUAUAACCCUCAUGAGACAAUGUUUUAGACUGAGUCUCUUUAACGACUGACUGACAUUACUGGAUCCACAUCUGCACAAAUUAAUAAGACCCCGGAUCAUUUCCAAGCCGCUGAGGACUGUUCACCCGACGCCGGAGUUCCAUCUUCCCGGCAAGAGGGCCUGAAAACAUUGGGCCCGACCACAAAUAGGCCCAGACCUCAGGUGAUCACAGAGGAAGAGGACUGAAACGUUCUGAUGCCUUUCCCCACAGUGGAAAAAAAUGAUUCUGUUGUGGGGGGACGUUCAUGUUGAAUUCUAUAAUGUGUUGUGUCGUUUUUCUUUUUUUUUAAUUUUCUAUGGAUGUACGGAAACUUUAAUUAUUUUUUUCUAUGUAACGCAAUUUGGUUUCAACGCGAGUUGAUUUAAAACGUGCUGUAUAAAUAAAAUGUACUUACUUACUUACUAAUUCACGUGGACACUCAACUACAUGCAAAUUCUUAUGGGUUAAAAUAAAAAAUGAUUAUGAGAUGUAUAGUUACAAAAGCUGUUCUGUGUUGAAAGCAGCCGCAUGCUAGUUUUCCACUGCAGCUGAUAGGGUAGCAUUAAAUCUGCACUACUUGGUUUGGAAACUCCAUGGAAAGUGGUUAUAUUUGCAGGGAAUAUAUGCCAUGGAGUAAGAGGAGGUGGUUUAAAAACAUUUACAAAAUGUAUUGAGGAAUGCAAGUGGGCAGGACAAUGGCAGAUGGAAUUUACCAGUAUAAGUCCCACACAUCAGAAGAACAAAAUAAAUAAAAGACAUUUUCAUAUUUAGCUCAAAUAGCUAAGGAAGACGUAAAAAAGAAAUCUAGGAGUUUGGACUAAAGAAACUGCGGAUGCUGACACAAAAAACAGAACGCUUGACAAACUCAACAGAUCAGUCAGAAUCUGCAGGGAAACGAUACGUAUCCACAUCAGGACUGGCUGGGAUGAGGACAAGUUGCCAGUAUACAGACAUGCGAGGGGAGGAUGGACAGAGGCUGGUAUUCCAUUCCAAAUUCCCCUCGAAGAGGCACCAUGUGUACGUACAGUAGAAGCAGUAAAGAGGGAAUGUCAAGAGCUCGCAGCGACCUCAGUCCUCCUCCUCGGGUUCAAGUUUCAGAAGAGCUGUUCGCUAAUAAGGAGCGGAUGUACACAGUCGUUGAGCCAUGCCUUGCAGGAGCUAAAAAUGCUUUAAUUGAAGAUGGGGACAACAGGAUGAAGUCAAGAAGUUGUGUAUUUCAAUGUGUAGGAUUUUGCCUAUCGUUCCUUGGUUGGAUGUGCUCUUUGGCAACCACAGUUCUACGCGAUUGGAUGUCAAUGAACAACGACUUAGUGUUGACAGAGGAGUUCUUCAUUGGCAUCUGGGAGGCGUGCGUUGCUCAAGAGGAAGGGAAUGUCCAGUGCAAGGCCUACGAUAGUAUCUUCACACUACCAGAGGACAUUCAACUGGCUCGAAUCUUCAUGUGCACGUCCAUUGCCUUUGGCCUGCUGAGCUUGGUGCUCUCCCUGUCCGGGUCGACAUCUGUCACCUGCUGUGGUGAUGAUAAUGCCAAAAAGGGGAGGUUAAUGGUCUGCGGUGGAGUCCUCGCUAUUCUGGCUGGAGUUACGACCCUCAUCCCGGUGUCCUACGUAGCGCACUUGACAGUGCUGAAGUUCUGGAAUGCUGACAUCCCCGAUUUUGUCCCACGUUGGGAGUUUGGCCAGGCUUUGUUUGUUGGUUGGGCUGGUGGCUUUCUCCUGUUGCUCGGUGGUCUUUUGCUGAUCAUUGCCCAGUGCUGCUUCAGAAAACCCAAGAGCAAGUUUCAACUGAAGCCACCAUUACAAACUGCAAGGAGACAACUGUGGUAUAAAGUGGAGUACGUCUAAGUGUAAACGUGGUCUCCUUUACAAUGCAGUUAGCCUAAACUUCCUCUUAGUUUGUGACAGCAUAUUAAACUGUCAUAGGGCCGACCACCGUUUGGACAUUCAAUAGCACCCGAGCUCCAAGGCCUCGGACGCUACUGAAUUGGCCCUAUCCAAGGUAAGUUAUUUUCCCCAGUGCAUUGGAAAUGUUGUCCAGGCCCAGGCAUUCACAGGAGAUAGAGAGAUCCAAG